AUGGGUUUCCAGGCAAGAAGGACCCAUAAUUCCAUCAUGGUGAUGCUAAAUGUCCCAGAGCAAAAAUAUAGGAUUCUAGAAGUGCUGGCAGAAAUUGUAUUGUUCAACAUUAUCCCCAACAAAUACUCCGAGUACAAGAGAUGGAAAAUACUUCAUUUAAAUAAAAGUUCUAAAUUUGAGACACACUUAGAUUACACAAUACAGUACAAGAUUAUCUCCUACUUUUGUUGUGCGCGCGGGGGAGCUGCCACCUGGAGACGGGGCGGCGGCUGCGGCGGGGCUCGCUCUCCAUCCCUUGCCCCUUGCACCAUGAAACUCCCGGGGAAUCCCGGUAGCCGGGUAGCAGCUCUGCUGCCUCUUUGUCUGUUCGUCCUGAAAACCUGGGUGCCAGUGCAAGCCUACCUCUACAACAACCGCUACGCCGGUGAUAAAGUAAUAAGGCUUGUUCCAGGAAGUGACAAAGAAACACAGGCACUGAAGUCUGUAUUUCAUCAACUUAAGGUAGAACUGUGGCAGCCCAGCAGCUUCUCCUACAUCUCAGAGGGUACAGUCACAGAUCUACGUGUACCAAGGAACAGUUCACGAGUUCUGCUACCCUAUCUACAGCAAGCAAACAUCCAAUACACGAUUCUCAUAUCUGAUCUACAGCAAGCGAUAGAAAAACAAACUGGGUUGAGGUCAUCUAGGAAUCGUAGAUCUGUGCCAGGAUACAACUAUGAAGUGUAUCACUCACUAAAAGAAAUCCAAAAUUGGAUGUAUCAACUGAACAAAACUCACUCGGAUCUCAUUCAUAUGUUCUCCAUUGGAAAAUCAUACGAAGGGAGACAACUGUUUGUGCUCAAGUUAGGUAAAAGAUCACGGCGUUACAAGAGAGCUGUCUGGAUAGACUGUGGAAUUCAUGCAAGAGAAUGGAUUGGCCCUGCCUUUUGCCAGUGGUUUGUGAAAGAAGCAAUAAAGACAUAUCAGAGUGAUCCUGCAAUGAGAAGGAUGCUAAACCAGUUGUAUUUCUAUAUCAUGCCAGUAUUUAAUGUAGAUGGAUAUCAUUUUAGCUGGACUGAUGAUCGAUUUUGGAGAAAAACAAGGUCAAAGAACUCAAAGUUUCAUUGUCAUGGUGUAGAUGCUAAUCGUAACUGGAAAGUGAAAUGGUGUGAUGAAGGUGCUUCCUUUCACCCAUGUGACGACACCUACUGUGGUCCUUUUCCGGAGUCUGAGCCUGAAGUUAAGGCCGUAGCUCACUUUCUUCGCAAACGUCGGAAACAAAUAAAAGCCUAUUUGUCUUUUCAUGCAUAUGCUCAGAUGCUACUCUACCCAUACUCUUACAAAUAUGCAACAAUUCCAAAUUUCACCUGUGUGGAGUCUGCAGCUUAUAAGGCUGUUAAUGCUCUUCAGUCAGCUUAUGGUAUAAGAUAUAGAUACGGCCCUGCAUCUAGCACUUUGUAUGUGAGCUCUGGUAGUUCUAUGGACUGGGCCUACAAAAAUGGCAUUCCCUAUGCAUUUGCAUUUGAGCUGCGUGAUACUGGUCAUUUUGGAUUUUUACUUCCUGAGGCUCUCAUCAAACCAACUUGUACAGAAACCAUGCUAGCAGUUAAAAAUAUCACAAUGCAUCUGCUGAAGAAAUGUCACUGA